AUGAAUCUACAUUCUGACAUAUGUUGGCUGUCGCUCGAUGAGCUCACCCCACAGAAAUUGGCGGUCAUCGAGGAACGAAUCGAGCAGUUGGAGACCGGUUUUGACAUGGUCAAAACCAACGGGAUUCCAAAUGACCAUUCGCCUUAUGAAUAUUACGCAAUGGCGACCGCCAACAAUCAGCGAGCUUUCGAUUGGUUCAAAGAGCUUAAGGCCCAAGAGCGCUAUCAGAAGCUUGUUGAUCGCUGCGAUGAAGCAGGCGAGAAUUCAACGGAAUUCGAACUCGUGAUUUUCAGCAGUUACGUCAGAUCGAUCUUCGCCUACAUUAGCAUCCAGAAGGACAUCGCCGACUAUUUUAAUAGAUUUGCGAACACAAAAAUCGGGCUUCAGUUUCGAACGACGGCGGAUGAGGAGCGCAUUGCUCGAAUCAAGACUGAGGAUGGAUGUGAGGCGCCGCCGUUGCAACAGCCCGCCGAGAUCGAAGAGACGGAGCUGAUCAAGCAGGAGCCGCGAGACGUCGAGUUUGACAAAAUCGAUUGCUCGACGAACGAUGCUGUCGUCAUGAUGCCGACGAAUCCAUUAAAUCGAACAGGACUUGAGCGCCUUCGUGGAGUCGAGAGAGCGCGUUCGCCGCCGCCAAUCUGCCGCCCUCUUGGCGGACCGACACCUCAAUUGUCGCCAGCCGAACGAAGCGAGAUUUUUGGAUCGCGUCUGACAUCGCCGGCGAGCAUUAUGGAUCAGACAUCAUCGACUCGACGCAAAUCUCUCGAUUCCGAGGUCGACUUUUGUGAUUUGUCGAGAGUUCGAGAAUUUCGAUUUCAGAAAUCGGCUCAACGCGAGGAUGGCGAAAUCGUUGACGAAUCAAGCGGCGGGCCGAAUUGCAGCGAUGAAGCGACGAGCGAUGUUCGUCAAAUUGAUGAAAGUGAGCUUGAAGAGGCCGAAAUUGGUGAUGGCAUGGAUGACCGAGAAGACGUGAUAGAAUCCAACGAUGGAGUCAUCUGCAAUAAGUCGACUAAUCACAUUUAUGAAAGAGAAUUGGAGGAUGGCGAAAUCGUGGAUUCUGACGAUGACGAUGUCAUGGAAUCUAGCGAUGCAAAUUGUGAUGAAGACACUAUCAACAAUGUUCCAAAUUCGCGCCGCAUCCAAUACGAUCUGUUCGGAUUCGAAGCGGAAGACGAGCCGGAAAACAGUUUAGACAGUCCAGAAUCGAUUGAUGUCGAGGAUGAUGUCGUUCCGCGUUCGGCAAGACUUCCAAGAGCCUGCAAACGCGUCGCCACUCCAAUUAUAGAUGUUCGACCAUCGCCGACGAAGCGAACGCCUCGACGACGACGACGACGAACGGUCAAUGUGACGGAAAACGUCGACGGCAUGAAGAAGAAGAAAGCGACGCGAUCUCGAAAUCCGAUUAACAACAUUUGGUGUUCGACGAAGAAGCGACGCGGCAAGCGGAUUGUCAACGAGUUUGUCGAGCUGCAACGAUCAUCAUCGACACUACUCAAAACGAUUGAGCGGAAUCCGCCGAACGCAAACGAUGCCGAGAAGCUCAUCGAGCUGAUGAUCAACGACGUCGCCGAAAUGAAUCGCAAGUAUUCGGUGUUGAUUCGCGAGUCGGCGUUGAACAAGCGGCGACUCGACGAUGCGCUCGCGAAACUUCUCGACGAUUUGACGCCAACGGAGCGCAAUAAUCAGGCAGCGAAAAUCUCCAAAUUGAAGCAAAAGCACACCGAUUAUACGAAUCUUAGAAAUGCUAUUAAUUUUAAAAACAAGUUUGCAGCAGCCGACAAUAACGCGCCGCUGCCGGCGGACCAUCACGAGAAUCGCAAUGAGAAUGAUGUCGACGAUGGCUGUUUCAUAAUUCCGUCAGAGGACCAAUUUCGAAGGAAACGCAAAAAUUGCGCGGACGCUGUCAUCACAAAAAUGUUGGACGCGUGUCGAAUAUCGAUGGAGUGCGAUGCGAUGCCGAUGAAGCGGACGCGAAUAACGUGA